AGGGUAACUUCACUUGGUGUCGCCGGAUGAUGACGUACUUGUAGGACUUUGAACGCCAUGGCAGCUCAUGCUAGCGAGCUUGAGAUUGCAAAGAAAAAUUUAACUGAUGCAAUUGGCGAUAAUGUCAAACAUUACUGGGCAAACCUGAAGCUAUGGUUCAAACAAAAGAUCAGCAAGGAGGAGUUUGACAUUGAGGCACGUCGUCUGUUGGCACAGGAGAAUGUCCAUGUUCACAAUGAUUUUCUCCUGGCCAUUCUCACACGCUGCCAGAUCAUUGUCUCCACACCAGAUGGCGCAGGGCCAUUACAGUGGCAAAGUGGCUCUGCUUCAAAGCCUGGCAAACCAAAAGGGAAGAAGAAAUGUUCUUCUAGACAGAAAUUUGAUCAUCGUUUCCAGCCACAGAACCCUCUGAGUGCCGCCCAGCCUUUCAGCCCUCGGGAGGUGGGAGGUGAGGAGGAGGAGCUGCGUCUCAGUGCCCACACUCUGAUGUUGCCCACGCGGGGCCAGCUGGAGGCCCGCAUGAUGGUGACGGCAUUUGAGCUGGGACUGGAUAACAUCACAGAAGAUGCUGUCGGCAGCAUGAUCUAUGCUGUUGAGCACCACUUGAAAGACGUCCUGACUGCUGUCAUCACCCGGAGGAAGGCGUACAGGUUACGAGAUGGCCGCUUCCUCUAUGCCUUUGGCAGUGAUGUCACGCUGCAGCCUUAUCUGAAAAACAGCCUGGCUGCUUACCAUAGUGUUACUGAAUGUCCCCCUCCAAGUGCUUCUCUCCCUGCAGGCCCACCACCUCAGGUGUCACCUGAUGAGGCCGAGCAACGAGCUGUUCACCUAUUGGCUUGUUCUGCUGACAGUCUCCCCGCACCCCUCCCUCCGAUCAGCAUGUUUGAUCUCCUGGAGGCUUUACAGGUUCACCACAGUGUGAUGCCCUCCCACACUAUGUAUGCCCUGAACAUGGAGCGCAUCCUGUCACGGCUCUGGCACCCCAGCCACGAAGAACUAGAGCAGGACCACGUACACCGGCAGCGCCUCACUGCGAAAGAGCGCAUGCUCGUCAGCUGAGAACCACUGAUGCAGGACUGUAUGUGAACUGCGGCUAUCAUCAGGAACCAAACAAAUGAUUCCCCACAGGGAAAUGGACGGGGAACAGUGUGUCUGAAUACCUUUUUUUUUUUUUUUUUUUUUUUUAAUAUAAUACCUGUUAAAUCCCAUCCCCGUUGCACAAAGAGAUAAAGCAUACGUGGAGCGAGAUGAAACAAAACAGUUGGACAGUGGACACAGAGUGGGUAGUCAACUCCAGCCAAUAGCUGGCUAAUUAUUUUUGUCUGUUCCACAGGCCAUUGUGGCAGUCGACCAACCAUCGUUUGGAACUUCUGUUGUAUAGUGAGAAAAUAAUUUGGUGAUAAUUUAAUUUUGGAAUAUACCAGCAGCUAUGAGCGCUGGACAGGAAAAUAAGGUUCUUAUCAGGCCAGGUUGUACAGUGUUAAUGUUUCAAUGUCCGAUUUGCACCACAGAACAGUCAAUAUUUAACCAUGUAGCAUUGUGAACAUGACCAGCUAGCAAAGAUUAAAAAAAAUAAAAUAAUUUAUGCAAACACCUGUGUACAUUACACACAGGUGUUUUUACUUAGUCUGGCUGAUUAGACAUCGUCUCAGGUUGAAGUUGAAGGCAUCGCCAUGAUAAGAAUUACGUGAGGUGAGGUCAUCGAUUCUAACUCGACGCACAACUAAAAAUGAGGAAGAUGGAAAUUGUCCCGCCUUAACAGAAAUGUCAAUCAAGUGCUGCCAGCACAAGAUCUGAGAGAGAGAGGUCUGAUCAAGCAAUAAGUGGAAACACCUGUGUGGUUUUACUGUGGCUGCGUAGGGUCCUUACAAUGUAUCUGGCAGCUGCCCCCUACGUAUGUCAUCACGCCCCUCAUGAACAUACCUUGACAUUUUCUCCAAAGUAUUCCUAAAACAUUUACUGGUGUUUGGUUUAAAGGCUGGCGAGCAUCCAUCAGUGUUGGUGGUCCACAAUGUGUGUACAGAUUAAGCUAAUCUUUUUUUUUUUUUUUUUUUUUUAUGUCUCAGUGCACUUCAAUAUCUGUUCAUCAUGUUUGUGUGCAGCAUCUAGUUCAGGUUGAAAAGUGUAAAUUUUGACUUUUUUUUUUUUUUUUCUACACAAACUUUGUUUUGUAAUUUCUAUUACAGAAAGUAGUUCAGAAAAUAAAUAAAAAUGCAUUUUUCUGUA